AUGGGUGACUACUCGAAAGCACUUGAAUUUUACGAAAAAUCACAUAAAAUAUUUGGAAAAGUUUUGCCAUCGAAUCAUCCUAAUUUGGCUGCUUCCUACGAUAACAUCGGUCAAGCGUAUAACAACAUGGGUGAUUACCAGAAAGCACUUGAAUUUUAUCAAAACGGACUCAAAAUCAAUGAAAAAGCUUUGCCACCGAAUCAUCCCUCUUUGGCCACUUCCUACAAUAAUAUCGGUCAAGUUUAUGACGGCAUGGGUGACUAUGCGAAAGCACUUUCCUUUUUAGAAAAGGCACUUGCAAUUCAAUUAAACUCACUUCCUCCAUCACAUCCUUUAAUUACACAAACGAUAGAUAAUAUUGACCGCGUAAAAAAAAAUAUGUAA